GAUCGAGUGUGGAUGUGCGCCUGGCAUCGUCUGAAUUGUGUACUGUGGAGUCUCUGAUUUUAGCGCAUCAAUUUGAGUAUUUGUUAUUGCAAGUGAAAAAAAUUAUACUUUUCGCGUGAUAGAGUUAUAUUGAUUCUUAUGUUAUUGAGUUAAAUUAAAUUUAUUAAGGGAUGCGUCGGUGGCGUCUCCAUGAUCAGCUGAGUUGCUGACCUCUUCCUCUGUCAGUUGCGUUGGCUUCGGUUAAUCAAGUUCGUUGAGGCUUCUUGGUAAAAGGAACUUAAAUGAUCGUGAAGCCAGGCUGUGUUUUAUUUUGUAGUUUUAGUCUGUGAUACUGCUUUAUUUAACCUGCAAUGGCUCGAAAUACUGGGUGCACCGUUGCAGUGAUGUGGGCGACAGCUCUGCUGCUGGUGUGCAGUGCAGUUGCCCAGUCAGAAGACGGCCCAUCUUUUUCUCCGAUCAUCACGACACAAGACACAGACCUUCUGGACUCGACCGGUCCAGUAUUGAGCGCCGUUCAGCCUAACCUCUUAGACGUUGUACCCGACAGUGGGGAACCUGCAGAUGGAACGUCCACACGCACUCACAAGCGCAAGAAGGAAAGGAAAAAGAACAAUAACUUAAAUGUCGUUACGGAUGAAGAGUUUGAAAGUGAGGAUGAGUUGCUUGAAGGUAAUGACACGGUUAAUGGAAAUGAAACGAGCAUCGUGUCGCCGCGAAUACCCUAUACGACUGCGCCGGUCAACAACUCGUAUGUGUCUAUGGACGAUUUUAGCGCACGAGGCAUGGAGCAUCUCUACUUCAUCACAAAUCUUUUCCUUCGACUUAUCCAUAGAGAUGAAGAGAUCCCUCAGGAGCUACAGCGCAUCGUGUCCCGUGAGCUGGAAUCACCGACCCUGGACGAGGAGCAAGCACUGCGCGUGCUGCGCGAGCUGCGUGACGAGUGGGACGUGUUGGUGGUGCACUACAUUGGCAUCGUGGGGCUACUUAUCCUGGGGCUGCUGCUGGCCGCCAUCAUGCCCGUCGUGGGGCUGUUCGUGAUGUGCUGUAGGUGCGCGGGACGAUGUGGUGCUUCUGACAUCACCUACGACAAGCGCCACGACCCAUGCAAGCGCGGCACACUCGCCGCCUUCAAGAUCGUCUUCCUCGUUCUUGCAUUGCUUGGCGUCGUGUGUGCGUUCGUGAGCAACAGUCGCAUUGAGGACGGCGUACAGAGCUUUCCUGACGACCUGCACGACGCCGUGCACGACACUGACCUCUUCCUCAACAACACUGACCUGGAAGUUCACGCCAUUUUCGUCACCAACUACGGCGAGCUUCAGGACGUUCUCUUCCACAAACUGGACUCGAGUGGUGAGCUUGUGAAGAAGGAGCUGGCGCGCGUAACACAGGCGGUGGCUAUAGAGAACCUCACAGCCAUCGCCAUGAGCCUGGGUCACGUGCGCGCAGACCUCACACUGCUGCGUAACACUACGCGCGACCUGCAGGAGGUUACGCAGUACCUCAGGAGUGGGCUGGAGAGCGUGGUGGCGCGACUACGCAAGCAUCAGAAGACCUGCGCAGAGCAGCCAGAGUGUGAGCUGCUGCAGCAGCAGUUCAUCGAACGCCUCCACAUCAAUCAGGACUUCACCCAGUACCUCAACCAGUCGGUGCUACCUCAGCUACCAAAAGUCGAGCACAAGCUGGACGAGGUCGCGGCUCUGCUGGCGGGCGACAUCGAAGCGGAGGUGAAGCGCGGCAAACGCGCCUUUGAUUCCAUCGCUACCGAGAUACAGAACAAAGUUCAGCAGUCCAUCCCGGAGAUAAAGGAUAAGAUACGGCAGGCUGGCGCGCAGCUGAGCCAGGCGGCUGCGGAGGUGCGCACGGUGCUCGCUGAUGUGGACGUGCACAAGCACACCGAGCCAACCAUCGCGCGCAUCUCGCUCGUCAUCAAGGAGUAUGCGCCAUACAGGUACUACGCGUUCCUGUGCGUGUGCUGCGUGCUGCUGACCGUGCUGGCGUCGUGGGUGCUGGCCGUGCUGUACGGCUGCUGCGGCCGUCGUGCUGAUGAGGCAGCAUCCUGCCUCAAGCUCACCGGCGCCUCCUGGAUGAUCUUUGGUGUGGUGGUGUUCUUCCUGGUUGCGUCGGUGGUGCUGGUGGUGACGGCCGCGCUGUUCCUGGUGGGGUCGCUGGCGCAGGUGUUGGUGUGCGAGCCUCUAAGUAACCCCACGCGCUCUGAGGUGUUCUCAUCCCUGCACUCCCACCUCAACAUACAGAGACAUUACCCCCAGGGGGAGUCGCCUACACUCAUGCAGAUAAUUGAUCAAUGUCACCGGAACGAGAGCAUCUACAGCGUGCUGAAGCUGCACCUGCUCGACGACGGCCUCACCAGCCUCCUGCAGUACAGGGACAGACUCCAGCUCGAUGAGAAGAUGGCGCAGCUGAAGCAGAAGAUCAGCGUAGACACCAACGUCAAGAUCUUGUCGAGGGACGCCAAGCAGCAGCUGCGCGCCCUCGCUAACUCCUCUCUUGCGCGCCGUGAUGACUGGGCCAACUAUGCCGAGAUCCUCGAGCAGCAGGUUCUGACCAUCAACCUGCUGGAGAUGGCGGCCCAGCUGAACCAGACUGCGGACCAGCUGCCUGCGGGCUACGAAGAGGUGUCCAUCGGUCUCAAGAACGACGCUCUGUUUCUGGAGUCUCUGCAGCGAUGGCUGACGGCCAUCAGAGGACACACUAAAGUACUUAAGGAGACCACGGACAGGUUGAGUGGUUACCUGCACUACAGCAACCACACGACUCUGCGUCCUGCCAUACGACGCCUCAUCAACCAGGCCGAGUACGCGCAGCGAUACUUGCGCACCAACGGCAGCAGUGAAGUUAUUCAGCUGGUGGAGCGUUUCUCAGAGGACUUCCUGGCAGACGUGGACGACUACGUGGCACACGUGCAGGGCAGCGUCGAGCACAGACUGGGGCGCUGCGGCCCUCUCUCCAGCGCCUACAACGCCUCCACCGCCGCCUUCUGCAAGGACGUCCUCUACCCCUUCAACGGGUUCUGGGUGAGCGUGGGCUGGGUGUUCAUGGUAUACCUGCCGUGCGUGGUGUUCGCCCUGCACCUCACGAGCCUCUACCGCAAGACCGAGCCCUGGCCUGGGCCUCUCAACGAGUCCUAUGAGUCCAUGUAUGAUGCAUACGCUGAGAGGGACAAUAUACCGCUCACCAGCGCGUACGACAAGAAGCCUCAGCGGUCGCGCGAGUACGUAGAGGCGGGGGCCAGCGGGCACCCCAGCAACCACCACAACUACAGCUCCCCACAGGGCGCCCCGCCCCCUGUUGUGGGCUUCACGGGGCCUGCCGCCCCCAGACACCACGACCAGCCCCCCAUUGACAGCGGACCUCCUCGCUACACCAGCCAGCCGAGCCUCUCACCGGAGUACGAGCGUCCCCCGCCAUAUUACUACCCUGGACCUGGCAACUGCAGCGGUGGUGGACAGUGGAGCGGCGGUGGUGGUGGUGGUGGCGGCGGUGUCCGCCACUCGUCGUCCACCACCCACGGCGGGUGGAAAAUUUCCCCCGCGUACACCAGGGGGCAGUACGACGCCUGAACGCUGCUACUCUUCUACACGCGUUCUCUCUGCUGCACAUUCUUAUCAUUAUAAUUUUAAACACUCAGAACUACACUUUAUCAAACACUUUUUUAUUAUUCAGUGAUUUUUUUUUUAUUUUAUGAGGCCACGAGCAUCCUUCUUUAACUCACUCAAGUUUAUUGAAUUAUUCACUGAUGCUAUGUUUUAAUUUAUUAGUUGGAUCAUGAACUUGGAAUUAAAAUAUUUUGUUAUCGUGAUGGCCGAUAUCUUUAUAACCCAUCUUUGUUAUUUGUAUGAUAUUCAUACUUAGAAUCAAGUUUCUAUCAUGACCGCUUGAUUGUUGAAAUGACCAGAUAUUGAUCAAAUCUCUGUUCUGAAUAGGCAAUUAUUUGAUCAAAAUUUAAGUUUUACUGCAGGCUCGAUUUAAAGUUUAUAAUUUUCCUACCAAGUCGCUUUUUAUCUUCCUAAACACCCUUCAACACAGCCUUAAGCCGACGUUUUCGUUUCUAAAUGAGCCGAAGUACCUUGAAAUAAUUUUUAUUUUGUUUCGACUUCAAAAUUUGUCUCUAAUUUUGCGGGAGUCACAGAUGGGCAUUUUCCUACAGCAGAGAGAACGUCAACUUCUUGGUGAACAUUUGCGAGAACGCUUAAGGACAAAUAAUGUGCAAUAUGUGGGCGGUUGCAAUUAUUGGGUUUGCUGUCGUGUCGGCGAGGCUGCAGCUCAGCGCCACCUGUCGAGAUCCCUCAGCUUUAGAUCCUCGUGACGGUCUACACAAUUUUCGUCACGUCCAUUUAUUCUGUGUGAUUAGCGUCUAUUUAUUUAAAGUUAUUGACCUUAAUGAGAAGAACUGACGACCCUUCACGUACACGACAACUAUUGUCUGAUUCCGCCGUCUCUGAUGAAGAUAUCGCUUUAUCAUCAACGAUCUUACGCUUGCCGCCGACUCUUAAUGAAGUCGUCUUCCUACUCCGUUCUCUUGCUUGGUUAUCGUGAUAACAUCGACGCUAAUUUUACCUACACCAACAGGAAUUGACGACCAUCUUUUUGUGUGGCAACAUUGUAUUCUUCUGCGUAAAUAAGCGUGAGGUUACACGCCUAAUUCAUGCAAAGAAAGUGCGAUGUUGACCACCCAUUCCGAUGGCCAUGAAGCGGUUAAGCGUGAGCACUAUGAGAUGUGGAGUAUUUGAAAUGAUCAUGGCCGCAAAGCAAGGUAAACUUGAUACAAGUGUUGAAUAUAAUUUAUAGAUUAGGUAGGACAGCCGCUACAAUAAACGUAAAGUUUUUGAGAGCAAUACCGCCUCGUUCGACGCUGUUUUCUGUGAAGUGUAGCUAUUUGUGCAAGUCGGUGUAUUCACAUGAGCUCGCUGUUUACAGCUGCCGGAUUUCUGUCUUUCCAAACCCUUUGCCAUUUUACCCAAAUUAUAUUUCUGAUCCACGUAACAUAGGUGUGCCGUUGGUGGAACAUUCUGAAACUUGUCAGAGGUAUUUCCCUUUUCUGUUCACUGAUACGCCGGUUAGUGUGAAACAGCACGCUGUAGUCAUAACGAAGUUGUGACGUUUUGCUAUAUAUUUUGAGAGAGAGCUUCUUGUAAGCAUGCGAGAAGCAGACAGAAACCUACACCAAUGUGUAGGAUGUUUGACAGCUGCUUGCCGCUCGUGUGGAGACGCGGCAGGGGCUUUGCUCGGUACAAAACGCACAGAUGGGCUCACGAUGGCUCGUGAUCAGCACUUUUUCUGGAGACAUUACGUGGAAUUCCUUAUCUUUUAAGAACCUGUGAAUAAUGAUAGUGAUGAUGAUAUUAUUAUCAUAUAGUAUUAUUUAUCUCCCUUUAGUAGACUGUGUAAGGAGUUUGUCCUUAUUUUCUAUUAUUAUUGCCAUUGUGGUCAUCAUUGAACAUCAGAUAGACGUGCUUCUUCAUUUCUGGGGUAUUGUGCGUAUUCUAGAUGCGGCUCUUAGAUUAUAGCUAAAUGCUGCAUGUAGCUAUUUUGUACCUAGAACGAUGGUCUCAAACCAUCAGUAUAACGGUCUCCAACUAUCGGUCCACGACCCACGCCCGGUCCCCGCAAGUAUCACACUCUGCCCGAGUCGGUAGGUAUUCAGAUAAGAGAAGUCAUCUGUUAUUUAUGUGUGCGUUUUCGUAGCAUUUGAAUUGCAAAGACGGCAGUGUCCAGUCUUCUCUGCAUUGUUUUGACAAUAAGCUCACCGUCGAGAGAUGAAGAGAGGAUUAUAUUUACUGAACUAUUCACCGUCGCUGAUAAUGUCUAUGAAGUUGACAUCAUUAAGUAUUAUGAGCUCAGCUCGUAUUCGAGAUACUCUCCCAAGUCAUGCAACCAUCCCUCAGACUUAGAUUUCUUUUGAGACACCAUCUACGCACUAAGUAUUGGGUUACCGGCUAAAUUGACUUUUUCCUUCCAUUGUGGUAGUGCAUCUAUUUGCGAUUUAGCGGACUCCCUAAGCUAAGUCAAAGCCUUGUUAAUAAUCACUGUUAGUAUCAUGUCAAUGCUACUCCUAAACUCCCGACCUAAUUUCCUCGUUUGCGUUUAGUUUUUUGAAUCUUAAUAAGUUGAGAUAAUGCUGACUCGUCUUUCUAGCAUUUGUCACUAAAAUUUAACCUUAUACGCCAAGUAUAAGGUUCAUAAGUACGUUUUCCAAGUCUUAUAAUUUCGCCUAUGGCCAAUACGUUAGUGCAUUAAAAGUCAAGCUGAUCAGUCGUGCUGUGUUCACCGCUAUGGUUGUACGGAAUGUUUUCUGUGGCAGAUUCUUAGCACAAUUGAGCUUGCUAAAAAUAUAUGUGACUUAGCUUGCGAAAUUAUGAUUGGCCGUCUACAUGCAUUUCUUUUGCUAUCAACAUUCGCUCUUUGUUGUUAAGUUUGUUUGUCUGGUUUGCCUCUUUCUUUGCCUGCUUAUGCAUCCGCGUUAGCGAGCUUCUCUGAAAAUGUUCGUUCAUGAGUAAACAAAUGGAGGCGUCUUGUUGCGCAGACGCUUCAGAAAAUCUCAGAGACCCUGGAUCGUUUUUACAUCACCGCUGCAGCAGGAGCGUAUAUGUUUUAAACGAGACACAGGCAAGCCUACUAUUGGCAUUAACUUCCAGUUUUCGGGCCACGGAAAACCGAACAGCUCGAGUAGCCUAUAAAUUCCUAUCAGCUGCAGAAUUGUUUACUACAAGUUUAUUACAAAUAUUUAAGGUUAUUCUGGUCUUCAAGUCAUGAAAUUUAAAUGGUAGUUGAAUAUCUUUGCUCUUUGUUUUCAUUGUUGUGUACAAUAAUGUUAGAUUCCGUCUUACAUCUGAUCCUAUGUGCCGUUACUACCGCAAACAGACGCGAGCGUGAUAUGUUUUCAAUAAAAAUAUACGAGUCAAAUUUUCUGUCUUCUGAAUAUGUUCUUCGUAAUGACUCGUUGAUUUAAUGUUUCCAUUUCCUGCUCUGCAUUUCUCUUCCCUAGUGACCACACAGUUGGGAACUUUGGCUUAUUGUCCAAAUGCAUUCGAGAGUCAUAGUUCGUUUGGUUGCUGGGGUUCUUACUUCUAAGUUAUUUUCUCUUACUUUCUAGUCGUGAUGCAGCGGAGCCAUUUGUCUUGUUACCGCAUCGCCGUGCUAAUGCUCUUCAUCCUUCGUUUAAUCUCUGCUGAAAAAUACUUUUACGGCGGUUAGGAAUUACCUUUACAAGUGCCAAUUCGGGUUAACAAUUGUGCCGCAAAAAUUUGUUCUCUUGCAAGUGCGUCAAUUCUGUGAGGGUUAUGGAUUUAGAAUAAUUUUUUUAAUCUAGCUCGGCUGUCUGGAUUUUUUUUCUCUUUUGUUCUAAAAAUUUUUGUGUUAAUUACAACUUGAUCUGUUAUUCAGUAUUGAUUUUAUAUUUUCCAAUGUUGUUCCUUUCUUUACAAUCAUUUUGAUU